UGCGCCGACGUCUGCUCUGCAUCGCGCGACUGGCGUGCGAAGGCAUGAUACAAGUCUCGUCACUCGUCAGUCGGUCUCUUUUGGAUAAGUUUUCUAAAAUCCGCGUGCAAAAUGCAGAUCUUUGUCAAAACUUUAACUGGCAAGACCAUUACUUUGGAAGUUGAAGCUUCUGAUACUAUUGAAAAUGUCAAAGCUAAAAUCCAAGACAAAGAGGGAAUUCCUCCAGAUCAGCAGAGGUUGAUCUUCGCUGGUAAACAAUUGGAAGAUGGUCGCACUCUUCAAGAUUAUAAUAUACAAAAAGAAUCUACCCUUCAUCUAGUCCUCCGUCUGAGAGGAGGUGUUAUCGAACCAACUCUUAGAUUGUUAGCUCAAAAAUACAACUGUGAGAAAAUGAUUUGCAGAAAGUGUUAUGCAAGACUUCACCCUCGUGCAACUAAUUGUCGUAAAAAGAAAUGUGGACACACAUCUAACUUGCGCCCAAAGAAGAAGUUGAAGUAGAUGAUGAUACAUAUACUCAUUUAUUUAAUCUAUGUUAAGAACAUUAAACGAUUAAAAUAAAAUGCUUACUUUUCUUUAUUAAGGAAAAAAA